AUGAAAUACCCCUGGCUCCGCCCCCUCAAAGCAAAAGCCCUACAACAAAUAGCUCAGAAAACGGGGAUUCAGAGCUCAGGUACGAAGACGGAAUUGGUGGAGAGGUUAGAGGGGGAACUUGCUCCGUUGAUCAUCCCUCUUCAUACUCAGAUUGAUGCUGAAAAUGAUGGUGUUCCGAAGAAGCACACAAAGAAGAGGAAUGAUAAUGACAAUGGAAUAAGACUCCUAAGCAUCGAUAUGGGGAUUCGCAAUUUGGCGUUCGCUGUGUUGCAUGCUCCUUUAUUAUCCUCGCACUCUUCAUCUACCGUCUCAUCCGAGACAGGUACACCCAAAGACACAACCAGAAAGGAAGAUAAUACCAUAACCCUCACCGCAUGGAAACGCCUCUCCAUUCCUGAUCUGUGCCAUGCACAACAUCACCAACACCUUGGUCAGGAUGGAUUUUCAUCCCUCAUCACCACCACCACCAAAUCCAAAUCAAUAUCAAAAUCAAAAUCGAAAGAAACAAAAGCAAAGGCAAAAGAAGACUUCUCCCCCAGUCUCUACGCCCGCCACGCAUACACCCUCAUCACGACCCUCCUGACCACAUAUAACCCCACCCAUAUUCUAAUUGAAAGACAGCGGUUCCGUACGGGAGGAGGCUCCGCGGUCCAGGAGUGGACCAUCAGGGUUGGUGUGUUGGAGGGGAUGUUAUAUGCUGUUUUGGAGACGGUGAAUUCUUCUGGACUUUUUCCUUCGGCUGGGAAGGUGCAGGUGUAUCCUGUGGAGCCGGGGAGGGUGAGUCGGUUUUGGGGGGAGGGGGAGGAAGCGGGGGAUAUUGGGGAUGGUGACGUGGUGAAGAAGACGAAGAAGAGGAAGAAUGUGAGGGAUGUGAAGAAGAUGAAGAUUGGGUUGGUGAGGGGGUGGUUAUCGUCGCCGGGUUCUGAUUCUGCUACUGCUGUUGGGAAUGGGGAUGGGGAUGAGGGUAGGAGGGUAAUGAUAGGUGAUGAUGAGGUGAGGAAGUUGGCGAAAACGUUCCUGGAGAAGUGUGAAGGGAAACGGCGGAUAAAGAAGGCAGAUGGGGAGGAUGGGGAGAAUGGGGAGGAUAGUAUGGAUAUUGGCAAGUUGGAUGACUUGGCGGAUUGUCUGGUACAGGGGGUUACUUGGUUGGAGUGGCAGAGGAUGAGGGAGAAGAUUGUUAGGGAUGGGGGAGAGCCGAUGUACCCGCUAAGACGCCUUCGCCACCUGCUGGGUCAACUCGCCUGA